AUGGCCGACGUACAGGUCCCAGGGCACGUCAGAAAAGCCGACCUCAUCAGCGCCCUCCCAGAUGAUCUGCUUCUCCAGGUCCUUGGCCGCCUCCCCCUCACCGCCGCCGCCGCACGUACCAGCCUGCUCUCCCGCCGGUGGCGCGGCCUCUGGACCCGCCUCCCUAACAUUACCUUCCGCGACGUCGCGCUCGAUCGGCUCGGAUGGGCGCUCGCGUCCCUCAGAGACGCAGCGCUUGGCCCUGGGGUGCCCUUCCUCGACAUCGCGUUCGACUCGCUCCAAGCUGCGGCCGGGGUGUCCCUCCUCGACGACGGCCUUCAGAAGAGGGUGCUUGCCGGCCUCCCUUCGUUGCUCCAUGCCGCCGCAGGGCUCUCGCCGGUGGAGUUCCACUUGGCCCUCCCGCGCCGCCUGGAUGGCGCAGACGUCGAGCUGCCUCGUUUCCACCGUGCCACCUCCAUCCACCUGCACGCGCUGAACCUCCGCCUCACGCUGCCACCGUCCACCGGCGGCUUCCCCAAGCUCGAGACAUUAUCCCUCUCGGGAUACUGCGUCGACCUCGCCGCAUUGGUCCGCCACUGCCCGUGCCUGCGCGUGCUCAGGGUGACCAAAGCUUCCCUCGGCGCCGACAUCAACAUCCGUUCGGAGUCGUUGCAGGAGCUGUUUCUGCGGACCAAUGAAACUCGCAGAUGGAUAGACUCGAUCAACGUCGAGGCCCCCAAGCUCAAGCGAUUGACGCUCUUAUUCGGCACCGACACAGGUGCCAGGCUCAGCGUGUCCAUAAUGACACCACUCCUGGAGAAGGCAUCAUGGUGGUGCUUGUAUGCCACCAAGAGUACUGGCCUUGCUCCUUGGGGCCUCUCAAUGGUGCGCUUAUAUCCUGCAGAGAGCCUCGGUGCGGGGGAAGACACAUGGUCGUCGCAGCUCUCCAACGUUAACGUCCUAUCCCUGGAAAUGAAAGCUCGUGGCCCGUUCCAUGCACAGCUCAACUUUCAGCAGCAGAUAGAGAAACAUCUCGUUGCCGACUUCUCUAUUUUGGAACUCACAAUGGUGUAUGAUGAUUAUUGGGGAUCGCAGAGCCACGGUUUCGGACCGUGA